UGGAGGAACUGGGACUGGGGCAGAUGCAGCGCUGACCAGCUGAAUGCUUUCUCAUCCUCCGGCCCAGACCCCUCUCCUGCGCUAACAAACCUUCGCCGUGUUUCUCACCGUUCACCUGACUAGAGCAUCCGGGUGGGGUCUCCUUCCUCUGGGAGAGGGUAGACUGGAGGGAAAAGCUUGCUUUGAAAGGAUUGGGGUCUAUUCUGGGCCCUACUCUUUUUCAAGCUCCGCACCCCCUCGAAGAUCAGAGCGCACACCCGCAUUCUCUGAUGACCCUCCUUUCUCUGUUCCCUGGAGGUUAUGUUCGACUCCACCAGCAAAUACUGCAGAGGAAACUAAUGGGCUGUUCUUGGUGAUUUGAAUCUCAUUUAAAUAUCUCCCAAGGCCGGCAGAUCCUUCCCAGGUCUGCACCUGAAUUUCCAGGCAGGUGGAUGUGAGAGGCUGGAUCCUCUUGGUUCUCUGGAAGGCAUCCUUCGUCCUCAGCACCAUGCUAUCCCCUCAGCGGGCUUUACUCUGCAACCUCAAUCACAUCCACCUCCAGCAUGUCUCCCUGGGCCUGCACUUGUCCCGCCGUCCUGAACUACGAGAGGGGCCUCUGAGCACACCCCCGCCUCCAGGAGACACAGGGGGCAAGGAAAGCAGGGGGCCCUGCAGCGGGACCCUGGUGGAUGCCAACUCCAACAGUCCAGCUGUGCCCUGCCGGUGCUGCCAGGAGCACGGGCCUAGCAUAGAAAACCAGCAGGACCCUUUCCAGGAAGACGAAGAGGCCGCCUCGCCUUCUGAUCCCGGAUGCUCCUCUUCUCUCAGCUCUUGUUCAGAUCUUAGCCCUGAGUCUCCAGUGUCAGUCUACUCUCGCGACCUGCCUGGCAAUGAGGCUGCCCACCCCGAGUCCAGCAUUUUUCCCUUGGAGCCGGGCUCUCCUCUGGCUACAGCGGAUCCUGGCACCUGCUCUCCGGACAGCUUUUGCAGCUCUCCGGAUUCUUGCUCCGGAAUAUCUUCCCCAUCCGGACCUGGCCUGGACUCCAACUGCAACGCCCUGACAACCUGCCAGGACCUACCUUCCCCGGGUCUGGAGGAGGAAGACGACAGUGGGGAACAGGAUCUUGCUACCUCUGAGCUCUCAGAGACCGAAGAUGGAAGAAUUGACGCAGGAAAAGCAGAGCCCAGUUGGAAAAUUAACCCCAUUUGGAAAAUUGACACAGAGAAAACUGAAGCUGGAUGGAAAGCCAUUGAGAACAGUGACUCUGGUUGGAAAAUCGAUGAAAAUACAAACUCAAGCUUGAAAACGGAAUCUGGGAAAUUGGCUUCUUGUUUGAACACCAAUUCUGGUUCUAAAAUAGAUGCAGGGAAAACUGAUGGGGGAUGGAAAGGUGACGUCAGCCAGGAGCCGGUACCCCAUCGGACAAUCACGUCCUUCCACGAGCUGGCCCAGAAGCGCAAGCGGGGUCCGGGGCUGCCCCUUGUGCCGCAGGCCAAGAAAGAUUGCAGCGACUGGCUCAUAGUCUUCUCGCCUGACACAGAGCUCCCGCCGACUGGGUCCCUGGGAGGUUCUUUGGCACCCCCGCGAGAAGUCACCACCUUUAAGGAACUCCGGUCUCGAAGCCGAGCCCAGCCACCGCCAGUCCCGCCCAGGGACCCUCCGGCUGGGUGGGCUUUGGUCCCGCCUCGGCCGCCUCCCCCUCCCGUCCCUCCGCGGAGGAAGAAGAAUCGACUUGGGCUGCAGCCCAUCGCCGAGGGGGAGCCGGAGGAAGGCAGGGCUGGCAGCCCCGCCGUGGGUGAGGAGGCCCCCGCAGCGCAGGAGCCGGAGGAGCCGCGCGAGCCCGCCGUGGCCGGUCCCCCGCUAUUCCCUCGGCCCCCGGUUUUCCGGUUCUCGGCCGACGGGCGCCCCCUGUUGGAGGGUGGGGGCGCGGGCGCACCCAGGUCCCUGCUCUUGACGCCUCUAACCGGGUGGCCCAAUUCCCGGUUGCAGCUGCUGGGGGCAGGGAGUCCCCCCGAGGAGCAUCUGCUGCCUGUGCGGCUAUCCCCGGUGGGAGCCUAUUCUCCUCCCACGCGGGGGGCCUUGCCUUGCCUGGCCAGCCCCGAGCUGGCCUUGCUGCUAUCCCCGCUCUUCCCCAGAAGUAGCACCUUCCCCGCCGCGGCGCCCCCACCCCGCCAGGUUCCCGCCCCCCCGCUGCCAACACCACCGCGUCCUCCGACCGCCCCUCGCUGGACCAGAAGGCCACCGCCUCCGCCCAGGCAAUUACGUAGUUCCUGGUCGUUUGCCGGUGUUCCCGGGGCCCAGCGGCUGUGGAUGGCAGAAGCCCAGAGUGGGACUGGCCAGCUGCAGGAGCAAAAGAAAGGUCUCCUGAUCGCUGUCAGUGCUUCAGUGGACAAAAUCAUCUCGCAUUUUGGGGCUGCUCGGAACUUGGUUCAGAAGGCCCAGUUGGGGGAUAGCCGGCUGAGCCCAGAUGUGGGGCAUCUGGUGCUGAGCACCCUCUGCCCGGCCCUCCAUGCUCUGGUGGCCGAUGGACUGAAGCCCUUCCGGAAGGACCUCAUCACCGGGCAGCGCAGGAGCAGCCCUUGGAGUGUGGUGGAGGCGUCUGUGAAGCCAGGUUCCUGCCCACACUCCAUGGGAACCCUGUACAGCCAGGUCAGCAGACUGGCCCCGCUGAGUAGCAGUCGCAGCCGCUUCCACGCUUUCAUCUUGGGCCUCCUCAACACCAAACAGUUGGAACUGUGGUUUUCCAGCCUCCAGGAGGAUGCAGGUCUACUGUCCCUCCUCUAUCUGCCCACUGGCUUCUUCUCCCUGGCGCGCGGGAGCUGUCCAUCCCUGUCCACAGAGCUGCUGCUACUGCUGCAGCCGCUCUCAGUACUCACCUUCCACCUGGACUUGCUUUUCGAGCACCACCACCACCUACCCCUAGGCCUGCAGCAGGCUCCUGCCCCUCCAGCGCCCCCUCCUGCCCUCCAACAGACUGUGCAGGCUGUGCUCCAGUGGGGCGGACGUCUGGCGCAGAGUCUCCGAGGGACUUCAGGAGAGGCCACUACCCACUCUUCAGCCCACUCAACCCGCCCUCCACCAGGCAGCUGGUGGGAUCAGCUGACUCAGGCAUCUCGGGUCUACGCCUCUGGUGGCACUGAGGGCUUCCCUCUUCUCCGGUGGGGACCCAGGUGUCGCGGAACUACAGCUGAGGAUGCGCAGGAGGCACCUCCGCCCACGGAACAGACCACACCUGGCAGAAGCAUGUGGUUGGGGCGGCUAUUUGGUGUGCCUGGGGGCCCGUCAGAAACUGAGAACGGAGCCUUCAGGUCCAGGAGACCAUCCAGCUGGUUGCCCCCAACAGUGAGUGUGUUGGCUCUGGUGAAGCGGGGGACAUCUCCUGAGACCCCUCCCACGGAGCUUGUGAAGGCACCAGCCAGCGGGGCGCAGACUGACAGGGCUGUCCGGGCUCUCUGUGACCACACUGCUGCAGGGCCUGAUCAGCUGAGCUUCCAGCGUGGGGAAGUGCUUCGUGUCAUUGCUACAGUGAAUGAGGACUGGCUUCGCUGUGGGCGUGAUGGUGUGGAGGGGCUGGUUCCUGUGGGGUACACCUCCCUUGUUCUCUAGCUGUGGACUGGAAGAGCUCAUGACCGCUGUUCUCGGGAACUGGAGCAUUUUCUCCUACUGCACACACCCAUUUCUGUCGACAGUUAGAGUAAACUCUCCUUCUCUUAGCACCCACCUGGAAGGGGAAAUCUGCUCUUGCAGAUGCGUAGAAAGGACUUCCUGUCUACAGUACUCCCUUCUCCAUCCACACAAGAGAACCCUUCCUUUCUGCAAAUUAGCAUCUUUCCCUCCUACCUUCACCCGUGGACUGUGCAGUAUAGUACAUGCCUCUGCCCCAAGCCCACAGGACUGUAGUCUGUCUGUCCUUGGUUCUUGUUGCCUAUAUAUUUAAGAUGUACUUCUGCUGUGCUAAGUGCUAGAUGGAAGCCUGGACCCCUGGUGGGUGGGCCUCUGCCACUGGUCUGCCUUUCCUUCCUUGUCCCAAUAAAAUGUGGGAGUUGAACAGUUAUGUGUUCCUGUGGGUUUCGGGUAUAGGGACUGCUGUGGAGGAGGGAAGGCCUUUUAUUGGAGCCCAGGGCAGAUAGGUACUUUUUCCCUAGCAUAGGUAGUUUUUGUUGUUUUUUUAUGGGUGGGGAGGCAGGAUCUUACCAGGUAGCCCUGGCUGGCCUCCAACUGUCUUUGCCUCACAGGUGCUGGAACUAAAAGUAUGAACCUGAAGCCAGGCGGUGGUGGCACACGCCUUUAAUCCCAGCACUUGGGAGGCCUCGGGAGGAACUCUGUGAGUUCGAGGCCAGCCUGGUCUACAAGAGCAACCAGGACAGACUCCAAAGCUACAGAGAAACCCUGUCUCGAAAAACAAACAGCCGGGCGGUGGUGGCGCACGCCUUUAAUCCCAGCACUCGGGAGGCCGGCGGAUCUCUGGGAGUUCAAGGCCAGCCUGGUCUACAAGAGCUAGUGCCAGGACAGGCUCCAAAACCACAGAGAAACCCUGUCUCGAAAAACUAAAAAAAAAAGAAAAACAAACAGAAAAAAAGUGUGCACCUGGCUCUGAUGCGGGGCUUUGUGUUUAAAAAUGCUUUUAACUUUUUGUGUGAGAGGGUGGACUCUGCGAUGGCUCAUGUGGCGGUCAGAGGACUACUGUGGGAGUUUUAUUUUCUACCAUGUCACUAUUACAGUGACUCUCGAC